UCCCUCUCUCUUUCCUCCUCCUCUCUUUCUCCCUUCCUCUUUCCCUCUCCUGUCUCUCCUCAGUGCUGCUUAGUUUGUGUCUUGGCCGGGGUCUGGGCUGUGUGGCUUCUUCUGUGGUCCUCUCCUGCUUCUCCCCUGCCUUACAUGGAGACAUACCUCCGUCCUUAGUGGACUGUUGGGCUGUCCGGUGAAGAGAUUCCGCCAUGCGUGAAUACAAGCUCGUAGUGCUCGGCUCGGGAGGCGUGGGCAAGUCAGCCCUGACAGUUCAGUUCGUCCAGGGAAUCUUCGUGGAAAAAUACGACCCCACAAUAGAGGACUCGUACAGAAAGCAAGUGGAGGUAGAUGGUCAGCAGUGUAUGCUGGAGAUCCUGGACACAGCAGGCACAGAGCAGUUCACAGCUAUGCGGGACCUGUACAUGAAAAACGGUCAGGGCUUUGCUCUGGUCUACUCUAUCACGGCUCAGUCCACCUUCAACGACCUGCAGGACCUCAGAGAGCAGAUCCUCCGAGUCAAGGACACAGAGGACGUGCCGAUGAUCCUGGUGGGGAACAAGUGUGACCUGGAGGAGGAGCGUGUGGUGGGGAUGGAGCAGGGCCAGAACCUGGCCCGCCAGUGGAACCACUGUGCCUUUCUAGAGUCCUCGGCCAAGUCCAAGAUCAACGUGCUCGACAUCUUCUACGACCUGGUCAGACAGAUCAAUAGGAAAACGCCUGUGGAAAAGAAAAAAGCUAAAAAGAAAUCAAAUUGUGUCGUCCUUUAAGACCCCCCCCCUCCCCGACCCCCCCCCCCCCCCCCCCCCUCCCUGCCGCAGCAGCUCUGAGCCAGAAUGCUGUAAUGAAGAACUGUUGCUCUGAUUGGACCGUGCCAGCAUUCCGACGUCCCCGUCCCCCCUCCCCCAGCAGCAACCAUUAACAGUAAAACGGAUGAUCUGAUUGGUUACCAUCAAAAUCAGCAUGUCCAAUGAGAAGACUCGUACCUUACUUCUCUUUGGACUUCGAGUUAACCCCUCCCCCCAGGGGUCAGUCCCCCGCCCCCCUCCCCCUCCCUCCCCUCCACCAAGAACUGUCAGUCUCAUCAUCUGUCAGAGUGCUCCUUUUUGAAAGUAAUCAAAAACACAACAGAAACAAUUUAAGAAAAGGAUCAUAAAAACAAAACAAAAAAAAGGUUUAAAAAAACAAACAAAAACCACAGUAUUUUCCAUCUUCGCCAUCUAGCGUAUAUGAAGACGAGAGGCUACUUUAGUUGUAUGAUUCUACAUGUCUCCAACCAAGCAUGGCCACAGCUGUUAUUGAGCGUAAAUGUUUCAAGUGAAGUCGUGUGGAAGGAAGCGCUGUUUUGAAAGGCCCUUCUCUAGUGGAACACCUGUCAUGUCUGUGGUGAUAGAUCAAGGUCCUCGUGUCUUUUUGUUUUUCCCAAUGUUCAUGGACCUUACUCUCCUGUAAGUUUCUCAAAUGUGACUUAAUUUUAUAAUCAGUCACUGGGAUUUCAUAGUGCCCACAAUAUAUUCUAAUGCCAUUUUUUUGCAUAACAAUGCUUCAGAAAAAAAUGGGUCUUUUAUAGAACGAAUAUGGGGAAAAUAAGGAUUGAUUUCUAUGUCUCUUGAAGCUGAAAUAUAUUAUACUAAACCAACUCUAAUAAUGCUUCCUGUGUUUCUGUCAAAUGAUGUUCCAGCUUUUAUGGAUUAUUAAAUUUUAGUACAUUUUCA